UCCUGAAGACACAACCUCCACAAUGGCCAAUCCGCGCAAGUUCAGCGAGAAGAUCGCGCUGCAGAAGCAAAAGCAGGCGGAGGGCACGGCGGAAUUUGAGCGGAUCAUGAAGGAGGUGUAUGCCACAAAGAGGGACGAACCGCCGGUGAAUCAGAAUCCGAAUCAGAAGAUCCUGGAGAGCCUGGUUGGCGGGCAGGAGGUGAGCCAAUCCUCGCCAGGAGCGGGCAAUGGUGGCGGCAGUGGUUCCGGCAGCGGAGCCAGCGGUGGAGGAGCCUCGCCGGAUGGCCUGGGAGGCGGCGGUGGUUCCCCCACUGCGUAUCGCGAGUCCCGUGGACGCAGCGUGGGCGUGGGACCCAUGCGGAGACCCUCGGAGCGCAAGCAGGAUCGCUCGCCCUACGGCAGCAGCAGCGGCACGCAACAAACCCUGGACAAUGGCCAACUUAAUCCGCAUCUUCUCGGUCCGCCCACGGCGGAGAGCUUGUGGCGACGCUCCAGCUCCGAUUCUGCCCUCCACCAAAGCGCCCUGGUUGCGGGCUUUAAUGCCGAUGUUAAUUCAAUGGGCGGCGGCAACUAUCAACAGCAGCAGCAACAUCAGCAACAGCAGCAAUCUGGCCAGACAAGAUCUCACUCGCCGCAUCAUGGGAUUAAUCGGACGCUGAGUCCGCAGGCGCAACGCAGAAAGUCGCCGCUGCUGCAGCCCCAUCAGUUGCAACUGCAGCAGCUGCAACAGCAGCAGCAGCAGAUGCAACAGCAGCACCAGCACCACCAACUGCACCAGCAGCUGCAGAUGCAGCAGCUGCAACAGCACCAGCAGCAGCAGCACCAACAGCAGCAGCAGCAUCCACAGCAACAGACCACGCCAUACAACAACGCCAAAUUCGCGAAUCCCGUGUUCCGGCCGCUGCAGGAUCAGGUCAACUUUGCCAACACCGGCUCCCUGCCCGAUCUCACGGCCCUGCAGAACUAUGGACCCCAGCAGCAGCAACAGCAAUCCCAGCAGCAACAGCAGCAAUUGCAGCAAACCCUGUCGCCUGUCAUGUCGCCGCACAAUCACCGCCGCGAUCGAGAUCAGUCGCCCAGUCCGUUUAGUCCGGCGGGCGGAGGAGCAGGUCCCGGUUCACCCUAUCAGCAACAGCAGCACUCGCCCACCGGCAACACGCAACAGCAGCAGCAGCAGCAACCCAGCAACUCGCCGCAUUUGUCCUUCACCAAUCUGGCGACCACGCAGGCAGCUGUCUCCACAUUUAACCCGCUCCCAACGCUGGGACCGCACAAUGCCACCGACUACCGCCAGCCACCGAAUCCUCCGAGUCCGCGUUCUUCGCCCGGCCUGCUGAGCAGCGUGUCGGCCACGGAUCUGCACUCCAGUGCGCCGGCCAGUCCAAUACGCCAGCAGCAGCAACAGGUCCAGCAACAACAGCAGCAGCAACAACAGCAACAGCAGCAACAACAGCAGGGUCACCAACAGUUUGAUAACUCCUACAACAGUCUGAAUACCUCGUUUCACAAUCAGUUUGAGAUCUUCUCGCUGGGCGACAGCAAUUCCUCGCCGGAACAGCAGGGUUUUGCCAAUAACUUUGUGGCCCUGGACUUUGACGACCUGAGUGGAGGCGGCGGAGGAGGAGGAAAUGGAAGCAAUGGAGGAGGAGCUCUGACCAAUGGCUACAACAACAAGCAGGAGAUGUUGGACUUUAGCGAGCUGAGCGGCAGUCCGGAGGCGAGUGGGAACAACAACCAUAUGCGAAGGGGGGUGAGCAACCUGAACAACAACAACGGGUUGAGCAAUGGUGUGGGAUCCACGCACAAUGGCAGCACAAAUCUAAAUGGAGCGGGGAACAAUAAUGGCAGUAGUGGUGGUGGUAAUUCCGCACAGGAUCCCUUGGGUAUAACCCCUUCGCCAGUGCCCUCACCUUUGGGCUGUCCCAGUUCACCGCUACCGAUACCCAUGUCGGCACAGGCCUCCCCACAACACCACCACCAUCAGCAACAGCAACAGCAGCAGCAGCAUCAUCAGCAGCAGCAACACCAUCAGCAACAGCAACUAUCGCUAUCUCUGCACCAUUCGCCGCAUCAUUCACCGAUGCAUUCGCCGCACCAUGGGAAUUCCCCGCUUUCGAGCAGUUCGCCAGUGAGUCACAAUGCCUGCUCCAACUCCAAUGUGGUGAUGAACCACAUCCAGCAGCAGCAGCAGCAGCAACAUCAGCAGCCGCACCUUCAUCAGGGAUCCUCGCAAAGUCACACGCCGACCACCGCGAAUAUACCCUCGAUUAUCUUUAGCGAUUACUCCUCCAAUGCGGAUUUCUCCCGGGAGAUCUUCGACACACUCGACCUGGAUUUGGGCCAAAUGGACGUGGCCGGGCUGCAGAUGCUGUCCGAUCAGAACCCCAUCAUGAUCGCCGAUCCCAACAUCGAGGAUAGUUUUCGGCGCGACCUCAACUGAUACUAUGAGGAGGCUGUUGCGGCCAUCGAAAGCGGAGUGCUGCUGGAGGAGGAGGACUACCAGGCGCUGCUGGGAUCGGAUGAGCAGGAUGAGGCCGCCGCCGCAGCAGCAGGAUCAGAAGCUGUAACAGUUGAAGAGGCAGCCGCAGUUAGCGAGAAGGACAAAAAGGAUUUGGAAGUGGUGGAGCUGCUGGUGUCUGGUGUCAUGAAUGACCUGGUGGACUCCAGUGACUUGGAUGAGGAAGUGCGCAACUUCUUCUUCUAGGAAGCCAGACUUUUUAUUUAGAUUUUGUCCCUAUCUGUUAAGACUUUCAGUUUCCAGCGCGAAAUGAGGAAGUGAAUUGAGUUUUU